AUGAAAUUUUCCUCGGUUGUCACCGCUUAUUUAGCGAUUUUCCCUUCUAUGUGUGCCGCCGCCACGGUCUCAUGGGCCAGUGUCUCAUGCGAAUCUAUUUCUACUGGAGGUACUUUGGAAACAACGCCAUAUAGCUCAUCAACUGCUACCAUCUUGAAGAAUGGUAAAGAAAUGGUUGGGGUCUACGAAUUCUUCCAAUCUGUUACAUAUAUUAGCGACUGCAAUCCCAGCACUCGUAAAACUUCCGCGGAGCCUAACCCAACUAUUACAAUUUAUUAA